AGUCCGACUGCUUGAACCGGAGCCGGUCCCUGGCCUCUUGAGAUCGUUCGAGAUCGUUCCCGCGCUAUCUGCAUGUAUCAGGGAGUCAGGAGUGCCACCUAGAGGGGGUGAAAGUCCGACUGCUUGGUUCCGCGAUUUUGAGUACUGAGAGAGGAGCACAAAACGAAGGGCGAUAACACGAGGUAAGAUGGGGUCGACUGAAUCUGGGGCACCCCAGUUGGAGGAUCUACUUGAUCGCAAGAAGCCCGUCAAAAACCCAUUGGUCCCAAUUGGUGCACUUAUAACUGCUGGAAUCCUAACAGCUGGAUUGAUUAGCUUCCGACAAGGAAAUUCCCACCUUGGUCAGAAAUUAAUGCGAGCUCGUGUGCUUGCCCAGGGUGCUACUGUUGCACUAAUGCUUGGAACUGCUUACUAUUAUGGGGACAAAUUCUAAUCUUCUUAACAUUGGUUUAGCUAAUUUUAAAAUGUUCCUAAAACCAUAUGCAUUCUUACAGAUACUUUAAGAUAUGAAAACCGAUCAUCAGCAUUUGUAACAACGGAUCUGCAUGAGAACAGAUGGAUCUGGUCAGUGGCAACUUUCUUUUUCUUUGUUUUGUUAGUGGUCACAUCAACAUGUAUGAGCAAUAAUCAAGAAAAGAAACGUUUUGUAUUCUCAGUGAUAUGCCAAAAAGAAAAAUACAUGUGGUACCUAUACUGUGCUAGCCUUAGGAGUUCUGACUCUAUCUCUGUUAGCUGACUGCUCUUAAAGUUAAAGGUGAUGUAUUUGGCAUCUUCUGCAAA